AUGCACACGAAUAUGAAUGAGCAGGAGGAAGACCUGUCGAGCCAGCUGGGAAAUCUAACGAUACACUCGCCCAUGAAGUUACAUGCACGCUCGAAAAUGCACAGUAAUAAGGGCAAAGUGUUCAAGGAAUACGAGAGUAACCACGACUUCCACGAUUCAGACUUUGCCUCGCAAUUCGUAGAGCCUACAAUAUCCGAGUCCGUGAAAAAGCCUCCAACGAUGACUAUUUUGAACAACUAUAGCACGGUCAAUCAGAAAGUGCCCUCAGGAUUCUCCGGUACCACCGCUACAUCGCACCAAGAGGCUCAAUGGAAGCACUAUUUCCCUGGAAUCGGUAGUGGCACUACCAAUGUUGCCGCUACAGACAAGGUACCUGAGUCGGAUCUGAUAGUAAGCGACCUGGUCAAGGAUUUAUCUGGUGUGCUAGAAACCAACACCUUUAAAAGGCACCUGGAUAUGAAGAACAAAACUACCACAACGCAAGUGCAUGAAAACCAGGAUACUAUCAACAUCUCACAUUCAAAAGAUUUCUUCAACGGCGAAAAACUGUCAUCAUUUUCAGAUGACAGCGAUUCUGGGCCAGCAGCUGAAGCACAUGACGUAUUUGACGGUAUAUUAAAAAAACAAAAAUCGAACUAUCUGAUCGGGUCCUCUACAAACAGUAACAAGGCCAAGAAGAAUGGUUUCGAACCCGAUGCCUCCAAUUCGUUCAAUUUUUCGUCUUCGUCAUCUAUGUCGUCGUCUCAGACUCAAUCCGGUAGAAAACCGAAAUUAUCGAAGAAACCCCCACUAAACACCAUAUCCCCGGGCCAAUUGGGAUACCAGUUCAACCAUACGCACGGUGCAUGGGACCCGCCUCUAAACCAGGGCUUAGACGUGUCAAGUUCACACUCUCUGGACAAUACUUCUUCUAAUCAUUCACAGUUGACUACGGUGGUACCUACAAGAGAUACCAACACGAAGGACAAAGCGGCUUCGAUUCUAAAUAAAAAGGCUUAUGACUUCGUCACCAGCAAACGAGACAACCACCAAGAAAAAAAAAUGCAAGAAGAAGAUCAGGAAAACAACGACGAUACCCCACUGGACACGCCAAAGUUCAACGAUCUUUUUACAAGAAAUGGAGCCGGAACAAAGGGUAAAAAGCAAGUGCCCAGUUCUCGUUCUAUCUCCAACUCCAACCUGCUGGACAACCAUAAGAAACUUAGAAAUUUCCCCAACGAAAGGGUCGAAGAUAUCACGUCGAUUUCCGAAGUGGAUACUUCAUUCAACGAAACUGAAAGACAACUAGUAUCGAUCUUAACCAGUAAGCUGUCCAGAACCCCGGCUCACGAUUCCAACUGGGAAAAAAUCCUGAAGUUUGACCUCUCCAAGUGCAAACUGAAAAACGUUUUUGGCCUGCAAAGACUACUGCCGAACUUAUUGACGGUGAACUUCAAUGACAACGAACUGAGCACCCUAGAGGGAACUCCAUCGGGCGUGGUGCAGCUGUUCUGCUCCAAUAACAAGAUAUCAAGCGCACACUGCUCGCUUGUGGGGUUCGCGGAUCUGGAAUGCCUGGAUUUAUCUUACAACUACUUGAACACAAGCCUGAAAUUUCUGUCGCCCUGUCGCCACUUGCAAGAGAUAAACCUCUCAUAUAACUCUAUUCAGUCGCUAGAGGGAAUAGGCACAUCGCGCAUCAAAAAACUGAACCUUUCAAGCAACGACAUCCGCGGCAUCAUCGAUUUCGCGCAACUGAUCCAGACCAACAACGCCGCCAUGGGCGGCUGGUCGACCGUCGAAGUCCUGGACUUAAGUGAUAACAACAUCACGGGUGUCAGGAACAUCAACUGUCUGCCCCACUUGAAGAUUUUAAACUUGAACGGCAACCCGCUGGUCUCCAUCGUCGAAGCAGCCACCCACACCGAGAACUCAGCACUAAGAGCUCUUUCCAUCAAAAACACCGGAGGCGCGCUGUCCAAGUUACAAAACUACAAGCUCAACAACCAAUACCUUUUCCCCUACCAAAACCUAAAGAUACUAAGAGUGGAGGCAUUCGCGCAACUGAGCAAAUGGCGAAAAUGGCCCUCCUCUCUGCAAACCCUGGAGAUCAACGGCGGCUCGGCCUCGUCCCUGCCCCACUUUCCCUCUCUAAGGCCCACAAACCUGUAUUCCCUAACAAUAGCCAACCUCAGAGAUCUCACGCAAUUGCCCGUGAAUCUGUCCAACGAGCUGCCGUUUCUGCAAGAAUUGCGGCUGCCGGGAAACAACCUACAGAACGCCCAUCACCUGACAAACUCUCUCCCAUGCCAAUCCGUAAAGUUGCUCGAUCUACGAAACAACCCGAUCACCACGCCAUGUGACCGCACUAGCACAAACCUGUACGAGCUUGCCGGCCUAUGCCAGCGCCAAUGUCCCAUGCUGGUAACCCUCUGGCUUGAUGACGCCCCGGCUCCGACCUCGGCUCCGGCCGCCACGAACCCGUAA